UUUAUUAUUGUAACAGUAUACUUACUGGGCUGCCAACUCACUAGACACGUCAUCGACAACUCAACCUAGGAUGAUUGGUGGAUGACACACCAUUUUUAAUUAAAUAUGUCUUUUUUUAGGGUUUUAUACCCUACCUCGUCCUUCAACAAAAUUAUUAAAAAUAUAUCUUACUUUAUUCCCCCUCUCCUUCCUCUAUCUCCCCCUCUUACCAGCCGUCGCCGUCGUGCAACCCCAACUCUCUACCUCCGUCCAUCACAAUCCUCACAAUCGACACGAUUGACCCUCCUGGAUGGCGGAUAGAGGGUUGGGAGGUGAUGCGACGAAGAUGAAUCUGUGGGAGGCCCCCUGCCACCCUUUGUCUCGGUGAAGACGAACGUGAAGUGCCAACGGAGAAUAUGCAGGCGCGACUAGAUCUGGUCUCACCAUCCGAAGUGCUGGAAGAGAAAGAAGAUGAGAAUGGAUGUUGCCUUCGAGAGACUGCAAAGAGGAAGAAGUGCAUUGGGGAGAGGCGGAAAAAAAAAGAGGGCUCUCCAGAUUUCGCAAUUCAGAAAAAGAAGAGGGAUUUUUCGCUGGAGGCUUAUCAUCACUAUUUCAGAACUCCAACUCUGAUGAGUAUCUUCAGUGCUGGUGAUGGACGAGAGGAAGAGGAAGACAAUAUCGUCGAAUUGAUCUUUGCGGCAGUUGCGAUGCUCACCUCCUUACGUCGCUCCCUACCUCAUUCUUCUCUCUGCCUUUGUCGCUGUAGAUGGAUCUUGAAACGAGGAGGACGAGAAAGAAGGGUGGCACUGGUUUCUCUGCGGAGCAAUUGCGAGCGCGGCAAAGAGAAGCAUAAAUGGAGGCGGUUGUGAUCCUCACCUCUUUGCCUCGUCGUUGAAGCUGUUGAUCCUGAUUAGGGAGAACUCGGACUUGAAGAAUAUGAUUUGUGGGUCGGUUGGUGUUAGAGUUUGUGUAGGGUAAAAGUGAAGAUAUUCUUGAUUUUCCAGAUCUUCAAUUUGGAUAGCAGAGGGUUCUGGGUAUGUCGUUCUCUGCUUGUCGUUUUGCUUCUGGGUUUGUCUGUGGCUGCUCAAUCUACAAUACCCACUCCCCAUCAUCGACUUCUUCUUCCAAAACCCACUAUGGAUUCAAAGAGGUAGAAAAUGCAGUAGAAUGGUCGCCAAUGAGGAAGUUGAAGCAUUUCGACGACCAAUGGAUAUGCUUGUUUAUUGUUGUUUUAUUAACUAUUUACUUUGUUUUUAUUACUCACAAAUCAAAAGACCACGUGGAUUAUCACUAAUUAAAGAGACUCGCCCCAUCAGUCUUCUGUUAGUCUAGUUAGCUUGUUAAAUGACUUCAUUAAAGUAUUGGACGAAAA